AUGCCUGAUCGCAGGGCGAUCCGGCCCAUCCCUCCCAAGAAGGCCGUCCAGUGGAGGGCAUACGACGGCCUGCUGGCUGGCAUCUUCAAGAAGUGCGUCGACAAGUGGAGCUGGAUCAAGGGCGGCCAGGACUCCGUGAAGUUCCUGGCGGAGCUCAUCCAGGAACUCCGCGACUACGAGGACACGAUGGGCAACCGCCAGGGCCCGAAUGCUGGAGGUAAGCGGAAGAAGCAGCGCACUGGCCCGGAGUCAGCGGCGGUGGUGGGCGGCGACGACGAGAUGAGUGACAAUGAGGUCGUGGUUGUGGAGGAUGACGAGAGCGCUGGCUCUGAGAAGGCUGACGACCCGCCGAUGCCCGUAGUGGACACCGCCUGGUUGAGCUAUCUGGCCCAGUGUACUGCACCCAGCCUGCUCAGCCGCCCCGCAGCAGGCGGUGACGACCUGCAUUGGACCUGGCCUGACCAGCCUGAGGUUGGGCUCAGUCGGCUGUCGGCCUCUGGCACAAUGCCGGAGCAUUUCAGCAAAUGGAAGCUGAACAAGGCUGAGCAGAAGUCAGUGGAGGAAGAGGAGAAAAGGGUCUACGCGGAGCGCAAGACUGCUGGCGAUUCAGACGAGGACGCUCAGAAGGCAGCUUCAGAAGCCGCGGCGACCAAGUCGAAGGCUCUGAAGGAAGCAAAGAUGGUGAAGAGCCAGGUCAAGAAGAACCAGCCACAGUCGGCGGCGGCGGCUAUCGAUGCUCCGGAAACGGCGCCUCAGAACAACACCCAGUACUACGAAGCGCUCAUCGACGCCGUCAACGUGAUCCUUCAGUGCCCCACCUUCGUUGACCUUCAGACGACCGCUGCGCCGCUGCCGAUCAACACCAAGCCGGGAGAAGACCAGUCAGGAGUUCAGGCAGUCUUCGACCCACGGGAGUGCAAGGCAGCAUUGACGAAGGAAGGAUGCUACAGGGCCGCGAUCAACUUGAUGUGGAUUGACCCAUUUGGGUCCACAACGCCCACGGUACCGCUCAGUGUGGAGAGGGUCCGGGAACUCGGGCAAUUUGCUUGUCCCGCCGGGGAUGCAAAGCACUUGACCGAGAACUUCACAGUCGCGGUCGACAGCCCGGACCAGGACAUGCUGGAUAGCAAGGGGAAGUGGAAGGCGGUGAGCCCGGAGGAAAUGCAGCACGCCUUGCUGUUCACCUUAGCGGAUGUCAUCAAAGACCAGGCGCCUGAUGAGAAGCUUGCUGCCUGGCGCCGGGUCUUUUUGUCGGCGCCGGCAGUGUUCACAGUGGUGGGCGGGGGAGACAGCUUGUACUGGCACAGCUUCCACCGGAGGCAGCAAGUGGUGCAGACUUACGACUCCCUCAAGAGAAGCGCUCGACAACUCGCUUUUGAGGCGACUGCCUUCAAAAACAAGAAGGAGUCCGAGGCUGGCGAGAGACUUGGAGUUAAGGAGGUGCAAGACAUCUUCCGGUCCAAGGCCCACCUCAUGGCGAAAUCCUCCGUGAAAGGCGACAUGGCGGAUGGAUUCGUGAAGGACUGCCUGUUCGUCUAUGAGAAGUUGCUCGUGGACACAACCUGCAACGAGGUGCUGGACAAGUUGGAGAGCAAGUAUGGCUUGGAGUCGCCAUUGAACUCCCUUCAGAAACUUCGGGUGCUGAUUGAAAAAAGCGAGAACAUGGAGACCAGGCAAUGGAUUCUGAAAGUGAUUUGCGACAUGGUGGAGGGAGGAGCGCUUGAGCGCGAGACCAUCACCAAGACCUACCUCGCUGGGACGCCCACAGCCGCAUCGCUGGUCGAGCUGUUGAAGCUGAAGCGAACUGUGGCGCAUCACUUUUUGCAGGUGGAGAUGCCACGCAGCCAGUUCGACACUCAGGACCUUGCCAAGAUCCACUCGAAGAUCAUGACGAUUUGCAGCUACCGGAAAUACGUGACCGCUGCUAACCUUGAAGGUCCAUCUGAAGUUCAAUGGAUGUCUUCGUUGAAGCGCUCCAGCAUGCUUGUGCUGAGGUUGAUCGAGGACAUCCUGUACACGACGACGCUCAACGGCCCCUUGAUUGCUCUUCUGAAGAAAGGAAAGGGAGCCAACCCGCUUGAGCUGCUCGAGAUCGAGACGUUCAGUCUACGAUGGAAGGCUUGCGUGGCAGCAAAAGACAAUGAACUAGCUGCAGAGAAAGCGCUCUACAAGGCGGCCGAGGAGGAGCAGGACGAGCAGGACGAGUGCACGAAGAUCGCGCAGGGCAGCGUGGCUCCGCAGCCUUCAAAGUACCCCAAGGGCUCGGCUGAGCAUUGGACAGCGACGGCAGCGCAGCAGGUUGCGAUCUAUGUGUCGUUGCGGGCCGAGCCUCCAACCCAGUCUGCCGUUGCCCGGGCCGUAGGGGAUAGCGGCCUGAAUGGCGACCUCCGCGGCGUGCAGGGCAAGAGCGGUGUCAUGAUCCACUUUGACGCCAACCUGUUUGCAGAGGCCGCCAAAAGGCCUGACCGAAGGUUUCCGCCACUGAGCCCAGCCCUCAUGAAAAAGUUGAUCCACGGCAGCAUCAAGGGCCGCGGCGGCCUGGCGAACAAGAAGGUGGCAGAGGAUCACUUCGACCGUCCAAUUGACGGAGACUUCAUUUUCUUGAACGAUGCUGGGCGGAACGUGCUGGAGAGCCUCUUGGCGCCGUUCAAGUCGAAGGAUGGCAAGGGGGCCUUGGCGCACUACCUGGAGCACACGGAGAUCACGCUGUGCCUCAGCCAGGAGUCAAUGGAAGGAAAGAAGAAACUGAACCGCGGCAUGAUCAACCAGAUUCAGCGCUGGCACGUGAUCAGCGCCGAGCCCAUGAAAGAGAUGUACGGAGACAAGAUGAUGGGCGCAGAUUCUGCCGAGGACCCAAAGGAGAAUGAAGAACAGCAGCGAGACGGUGACUCUUAUGAGCCUGCCUUCUUCAACCACUUGCCGGUGACGCUGUACUCAGACGCCCUGGCCGCGUACGAGAUCACAGGCGUGCUGGAUUGCACGCCAGGCGCAGGAGAUCUGGCCAAGGCGGCCUUGCUGCGGAGGAUUCCUUACAUGGCCCUGACCAUGACAGAGACUCACGCUUCGCUUCUCCAGAGUGAGCUGGUCAAGUUUGUCAAGCAACAGAUGCAGACAGAAGGGUCUACGUUCUACGCGCCUGAGUGGGCGGCAGCUGGCAAGAACAAUGCGGAAGCCGAAAAGGGCAAGAAGACGCCAAAGCGGCCGACGCCCGCCCCCGGAGAUCCGGCGCCUGAGCCGGAGCCUAAGAAGCCAAAGACGACGAAUAAGAAGACGGGGAAGGCGGAGAAGAAGCAGAAGAAGGAAAAACCGACUGGCAACGCGCCGCCGGCCUCCCAGCUGAUUGACGAUUCUGAAUCAGACUCGGCCAGUCAGUGA